AGCGCGCACUUCUUCCACGGUAGCCACCCGUUCUACAUGGGCUUCGACCGCCUGGGAACGAGCUUCGGCGUCUACUUCCGCACAAGUGCCAUAUUCGAGGUGCUGGGCCACAUGACGCCGGCGCUGACGUUCCGCUCGCUGGGCAAUCAGGUGGACGUGUUCGUGUUCGGCGGGCCGUCUCCCGCCGACGUGGUGCGCCAGUACCUGGACGUCGUCGGGAAGCCGGCCAUGCCCCCUUUCUGGGCCAUGGGGCUCCACGCGUCCCUGCCUCGGAUGCCGACGCGCCCUGCCCAGGGCGCUCUCGACGACAGUGACGACGAAGAUCCCCUGAGAGCGCUGCUCACCUACUCGAAUUAUCACGUGGACGUCGCCUGGCUUCCCGUGGACGUCGCCAAAGACACGUGCGAGCAUUCCUGGCAACGCGAAACUAUGAAUCGACUGGCCCUGGCAGCGACUGGUGCACACUCUGGUUCCAACCCUGAGCGAGCGACCUUCAGCAACGUACGUGUGCCGGUUAGCGUUGACCGAGGCCCAGUACUUGGGUCUCCUUCUCGUCAACCAUAAUCAGGAGUUGCUCGAGGAUGAAGUCUUGGAAGCUAACAUCACGAGCUACGUAUUGGACUUCGCAUACCCGCGAUACGACGUAUACCUCAACAAGGUCUUCACCCAAAUCUACCCACGAACACCGUUUGACGGUUUGUGGCUGGAUCGCAACGAACCGACGUUGGCGACCAUCUCGCCACCUGGCGGUUGUGCGAGGGACGGUUGGGACGUGAUACCUUACACGCCCAAGACUCUGCUGUCCGAGGGACCCCUGGACGCCCGGACUCUGUGCAUGUCCCAGCACCUGAUGUCGGGGCCUCACCUGGUGACGCACAACGCCAUACCCUACUUGCAGGCGCAGGCGGC